AUGUCUCCCCAACCCCUCCCAACCAGAACCGGCCUACCAUCCUCCCCCCGUCCAACCCUCCCCUCAACCCCAACCUCCCCAAAAGCCAACACCACAACACCCACCCCAUCCUCCUCAACUACAACCCUUAUCCCCACCUCGGACCUCAUCUUCAUCAACGCCACCAUCCCGCUCAGUCCCACGGGCGCGACGGAGGCGCGAGGGCGAGGUUAG